UUGUCACAGCAAACCACAUUCCAGUUAAUCAUGACAUUCACAUACGUUAUCGAACACAUGGAGGAGGAUGAGUCUACCCCAAAAUCCCUCCCACCCUGGGUUGAGCUGGAAUAUGCGCAUAUGAUGAUGUUGGCUGGUAUUAAUGGCCGAGUUGAGUUUACGCAUCUAUCGCAUAACUCUAGUUCAUCACUCGAUGCCCGGCUGGCCUCCACCAACCAACCCGCUGCGUCGUACAAAGUCCAUACUCAGUCAGUAAUGGAGCUACUGGCGCAAAAAAAUAUUCCGAUUACAAGGGUAUGUCUCCUUGACCCGAAAGCUCAAACAGUACUCGCUCCAGAAGAUGGCAAGAUUUUCGAUCAUUUCUUGUUUGGGGGUAUACUAGGUGAUGAUCCGCCUCGUGAUCGAACAUCUGAGCUCCGCCAACUUGGUUUCCCUUCACGUCACCUCGGUCAAAUGCAGAUGACAACAGAUACUGCCCUCGGAGUAACGAAGAGGGUUGUCGAUGACAAAGUGCAACUGAAUGCGAUACCAUACGUGGACUUCCCAACUAUCGUAUUCAAUGCUAAAGAAAGCGUUGAAAUGCCUUUUCGGUAUAUUGUCAACGGCAAAGAACCCAUUUUACCCCCCGGAAUGCGGGAACUUCUGCACGAAGAUCUUGACAAAAGUUUCGACUUCUAAAACGACUCACAUAUCAAUUGCCGUUAUACAUGUAAUACUUUGGAAGUGAAAUCAUUUGAAUAUGUAUUUUUUGACACAAAAUUGCCAAACUAGCGAAGUAUAUUUUUGUGAGGAAAAUAGCAGGCGAAGACAGCUUAUAAAGCAUCAUUCUGACUUGAGCUGUUGCUACGAGGGGAAUAUAAAAAGUAACCGACA